AUGAACAAGGGAAAGACGUUAGACGACUGUUUAACCGCAAGUAGCUCUGACGAUAGGUAUAACUACCAAGACAGCUCCGACAUGAACAAAUAUUAUUUUGAUGGGUGCAUUAAGAAGGAAGGUUUUGUUUACAAAAUAGAGGCGAGCAAUCUAAACGCGAGGAACAUGUGCCCUGGAUUGGCACCAGACAGAGAUGACUAUCACCCUAACGAGGAGGAAGAAAACUCAAGCAAUGUUAUUGAUCUAGAUGAUGAAGUUCUCAUCGGCAACUUCCCCUUUGGUUGUUUAAGAGAAGUUGCACAGGGGUCAAUGAACAAUUUGGAAAAUGGUAACUCCCGCGUCAUCAUCACGGAGCGCAACUUGAUGAUCACUCGGAAGGACACAGACUUAACGGGGCAUAACGCACGAAUCGGGGGGAAACAAUCCAGCCACCUGUACAGCGAAAUAGUCAAGCCGGAUGCGGCUGGGAGUGAGCACUCCGCGGAGGAGGGAGACGAGACGGAGGAGAAGGGAGAAGCCGGGCGUGUAAUCUUUCCCCCAAGUUUUGACGCCACAAACGGGGCGCACGACGAUAUGGACGAGGUGGGCCGCGCGAAAAGAUCCACCUCCUCUGGAAAAAAAAAAAGGGGUAAUAACCGCGCCAAGAAAAAAAAGGAAAGUGAGGAGGGCCGGGGCAAAAACUUGCGCUCCAUGUUCGGGUUCUUCGCCAGUGCGGAGCCCGCGGUGUCCAAUUCGUCUCGCUCCUGCAGGGGGAAGGUCUCCGACGCGUCCUCCGAGUUCCUGUCCGUGAUUAGCGGCGUCAAGUCGAACGCCUGA